GUAGCUACAGCAAAACUUGCUCGAGAACAAUCUGGUGACCUGUUGCGUUCAGCUACAAAUCUUCAGCAAACAGUAAAGAAUGACGUUAGCAAUCUGAAAGCUGCAUUCGAUGAUAAAGCAUCGAAAUUACGAUCGUUUGUGGACAAGCAGAAAAGCACUGUGGAUCGACUUCGUCCCAAAUUUCAUGCUGAAGACUUGAAUGUACUUGUAAAGCAGUCGUUGUCGGCUUCCGAACAAGCAAAAACAGCAAUCGAGAGUGCUGUUUCUGAAUUUGAUGCUUUAAAACCGGAUUUGGAAAAACUGAUGAAUCGUAGCAAUGAAUUCGUUUUGUCCACAUCGCUUUCUGCCAGCAGUCUGAGUACGGCAAAAGAACAAAUUUUGAAGUUAGCCAACGAAAGUGUUCCUGUCAGAGAGGAGUUGGAGCUGUUGAGGAAUGCUGCCUCAAAUACAUCGAUGGCAAUUCAGCAGUGCCGCGAAAAGCUAAAUUCGCUGAAAGAGAAGAUCGCGCUUGCUCGGGAUUCGGCCAACAGGAUCAAGCUGGGUGCACAUUUCGAGAAAGGAAGCAGUUUGGAGUUGCCGCUACCUCCACGAAUUACACGGCUGAUAUUGUUCUUCGGAAACGAACUUGGCGCUGCUGGAACUCGCGCAGUACCAACUGAUGAUUUUAUUGCCGUUGAAGUGGAAGCUGGCCAUCUGAAGGCAGUCGUGGAUCUUGGUGAAGAGCCUGCUCAUAUUGUCUCUGAUUCAUUUGUUGCGGACGGGAACUGGCGGAGGGCUGCAGUUGAACGCGUUGGAAAAGCGGUCAAACUUCGGGUGUCAUCGCCCAGUUCUGCAAAUUAUGAAGAGGAAAAAACAGUGACUGUUUCUGGUUCAAAACUGGUGCUUAACCUGCAUCAAAAGAAGAGUCGCCUGUUCGUUGGUGGUAUCGCACCUGAUGUUAAAAUUUCACCAGAUGUGCACAAUCGAGAUUUUUCUGGUGAUGUGGAAGACUUAAGAAUUCGUGGUGAAUCGGUAGGUCUUUGGAACAGCAAGCAGGGAGGCAAUCGUAAUGUCCAGGGUGCAACGAAAAAAACUAUUGCUACUACAUCGAUGAGUGAUGGACUUGGUUCGUUUUCUUUCAUACUUCUUUGCAGCACUGUAAAUCUCAUUUGCUUGCAUGCAGCAUUAAAUGAGUCGCGGCAACUAAUAAUAAAUGGAGACGCUUAA